GAAACAGCCGUGUGUGUAAACGCACGCUGCGAGGGCUCGCGGCGGUCAACAGAGACUGAGCGGUGUGUGACAUGACACAAAGUGGACACAGCAGCGGGUGUGUGAAGGUGUGCGGAUGAUGCCUGGGGUCACCUCGUGUCUUUAAACCGACAGUUUAAAGCCGGACUACUACAUCUUCUUCCAUCUUCCUGAUGUGGCAGAGGUGAGAAUAGACCAUCAUGUUGGAGCCUCCAGAGCUGAGUCAGGAGAUCUAGGAGUGGCUGUCCACCCUCCGCCUCUCCCAGUAUACCUUGUGUUUCUGGCAAGGAGGCUAUCAAAUUCUGGAAGACUGCAAGGACCUCAGCGAUGAUCGUCUCCUGGAGCUUAAAGUGCUUCCAACAGGCCAUCGUAGGCGCAUCCUCCGGAGUUUGGAGGCACUGGGGGUGAAGCAGCCGAGUGGCGAAGAGGAAGAUGAAGAAGAGGAGGGAGGUGUAGGGAAGGAGAGGCGCCAAAGGAAGCCGGUGCCACACCCGAGACAUAUCUUCCUAAAGGAUAAAAAGAGGGGGACUUCAUGUCAGCACCAUCAGCCAAAGGAGAGACACGAGUAUGAGGUGGAGGGGAGUCACACUUUGCCUCCAGGAGCUGGACUGGGAACAGAAAUUGAGGAGAGCAGAUACAUUCGCCCGCCUCUACCGGCCCCACGCGAUCCCCAGAACAUCCAGACAUCCACAGCUGUACGUAUCUUCAUCCCUCCCUCAGUGUCCUGCAGAAGCACCAGCAGCAGCAGUAGCGAGUCCCUCUCCAUAUCCGAGAUGCCCUCAGACUGGGAGAUUUCCUCUGAGAAUCCUUCGCUGUCGAGUACAGACUCCUUCCCCUGUAUGGCUGACCCAACGCCCGCUGAAGACAAUACUGUUUUUCAGGGUGAAAUGGUGGAAAACUCCAUCUAUGAGUCACAGCCGGCUUUUAAGAUUCCUGCAGGUCCACGGCUCACUCGCUCCUACCGGCUGAGGCACCGGCCUGUUCCUGAAAUCCCCAAUCAGGCCAUACUGCCACCUCAGGACAGGAGCGCACCACCAGUGCAAACAACCAGCCCCGAACACCUAACCGGCUCCGAAGGUCCCAUCGGUGCAAACAGCAUACAGAAAGCUCCACUUCAAAGAACCUUGACGCCUAUUGCUCCCUAUGGAGAAAUGUUCCUGUACAACAACCCUGAAAACGCUCCGGAGCGAGGCGCUAAAGAAGGGGUACAGAAGGGUUUUAAGGACAGGAUAAAACCCAGGAAACAGAGGAAAAAGGCACCUAAACGGAAAAAAUCCAAAGAAAAAGUGUCUCCCCCUGCCCCAACCAUCCCAGACCCCUACACAGAAGAAUACUCCACAGUUGAUGAGUGUGCCAGCAUUUUGCUGCGAGCCAGUUUGGACCAAAGUUCCCCAGUGACCGCUGAGGCUUUUGCUGUGGGACCAGCUGCCUCUGGCCCUAAGGAUGGAUCUUUAAUCAUGGUGGAGUGUGACCUCUACUCUGAUCCGGCAGACGCUCAGGGGGGUGGGACCAGAGAUGUACUGCCUGAUAUUUCUCCAUACGCGUGCUUCUAUGGACCCUCCAAACAUCAGGUGCUCAAAGCGAGCUGGCUGGACAAGCUGUCACCUCAAGGGAACUGUGUUUUUCAGCGGAGGUGGGUGAGAUUCGACGGUGAGAGUCUGGCCUACUACAACAAUGACAAGGAGAUGUACUCCAAAGGUAUGAUCCUGGCCAGUGCGAUCAGACAGGUGCGAGGACUGGGUGACAACAAGUUUGAGGUGGUCACUUCCCUACGAACCUUUGUGUUCCGGGCUGAAAGAGAAGGGGAGCGCCAGGAGUGGAUGGAAACUCUUCAGACGGCCACGCGCCCCCCCGCCUGCGGCUCCCAGAAGCACUCCGACAGCCUCUCCCACCCCUCCUCCACAAACAAGCGAGGCUUGUUGGAGCUCCGCGGUUACAAAGGCAGAGUGCUGGUGUCCCUGGCGGGGAGUAAAGUCAGGCUCUGCAAAACAGAACAGGAUUAUAAAGCGGGCCUGGCUAUCGCAGAAGUGGAACUGACUGCUGCCAACGUUCGAGACGUGGACCGCAGAGUCUUUGAAAUCAACACACCCUUCAAGAACUUCUGCUUCACGGCCGAGUCAGAACGGGAGAAGGAGGAGUGGAUUGAAGCGGUCCAGGAAUCGAUCGCUGAGACACUCUCCGACUAUGAAGUGGCAGAGAAGAUCUGGUUCAACGAGGCCAACAGGAGCUGCGCCGACUGUCGCGCCCCGCAGCCGGAAUGGGCGUCUGUCAAUCUGGGUGUGGUCAUCUGUAAGAAGUGUGCAGGGCAGCACCGCUCCCUCGGCCCAAAUAUAUCCAAGGUGCGGAGCUUGAAGUUGGACAGCAGCAUCUGGAGCAAUGAGCUAGUGGAGCUCUUCCUGGAGGUGGGGAACAAGAACGCUAACAGUUUCUGGGCUGCUAACCUUCCCUUGGAGGAGGAACUCUUCAGCGGAGCGUCAGCAGAGCAGCGCGCCACUUUCAUCCGCAGGAAAUACAGGGAGAGGAAGUACUGCAGGGUCCUGGAGGGUUUCAACAACCUGGAGCAGCUCAACCAGGCGCUGUGUGCAGCUGUGGUGUCGCCUGACGUGCUGCAGACCAUGGCGCUGGUGUUUAGUGGGGCAGAUGUUAUGUGCGCCACCGGGGAUCCAACCUCCUCCACCCCGUAUCUCUUGGCCCAGCGUGCUGGACAGAAGCUACAGAUGGAGUUCCUGCACCAGAACAAACUCUCUGAUUUCCCCAGACUCGAGCAGUGGUCGGAGAGCACCUCCCUGUCUGACGCUUCCUUCUUCAUGGAUGGCUUCCUCUACAUCUCCACCGGCCCUGCCAAGACGACGCUGGACCGGCGCGGAAGAGACGACAUGACACGUCGUUGGUGUACGCUGGAGGGCGGCUACCUGAGUUACUACGAGAGCGAGAGAAGUCCGUCGCCCAUCAGCAGGGUGGACGUCACCGAGGUGGUCAGCCUGGCUGUCAGCAACACAGAGACAAUGACGGGAGCUGGGGCUGUGUUUACCGUGGAGCUGUACCUGCAGACGGAGCGAGCACUGAUUGUCGGAGCCGAAACACAGGAAACACAGCACGACUGGAUCCAGGCGCUAACAAAGUGCUUCGUCCCAUCUAAAGUCGAGGGACUGGUGCAGAGAGACUGCGAGCUGAUUGGCAGACUGCACUACAAAGAGGGCCAUGACCUGUACCACUGGAGGGUGGGCUGGUUUAUGCUGGAAGGCUCUGCCCUGUACUUCAGCCCAGGAGACGAGGAGGGAGAGGAGCAAGUCCUUCAACUCAAACAGCUGCACGAGCUCACUGUCUCCACACAUACGGAGGGUGAAGACAAGAUCCAAGUCUUGCUGAUGGUGGAGGGAGGAAGAACAGUUUACAUCCACGGCUUCAACAAGAUGGACUUUGCACUGUGGCGCUCUGCCAUCACACUGGCUGCCGGCACAGAUGGCAAGGCGCUCAGCGACCAACAGCUGACUAAAAAUGGUGUCCCCAUUAUAGUCGACAGUUGUAUUGCUUUUGUCACCCAAUAUGGCUUGUGCCAGGAGGGGGUCUACCAGAGGCCGGGGGACCCUGGUCGAGUGUCCCAGCUCCUGGAGGAGUUCACUCGGGAUGCUCGCAAUGUGAAGCUGAGGGAGAAGGAGCACCACCUGGAGGAUGUGACGGACACCCUGAAGAGCUUCUUAUCCCAAGCUGAGGAUGCACUGCUGACCAAGGAGCUGUAUCCAUACUGGGUGUCAGCUCUGGAUGAGAAGGACGAGAGGCAGAGAGUAAAGAAGUACUCCACUUUCAUAGAGAGUUUGCCAAAGAUAAACAGGUCAACCCUUGAUGCUGUGCUCCAACAUCUGUACAGGAUUCAGCAGUGUUCCCACCUCAACCACAUGCCGAGCGAAAAACUGGCUUCUGUCUUCUCCUCCUGCUUGUUCCAGACUCAGGGACAAACCCCACAGGAAACGAGCGUCGUCCAUGACCUCAUCAGCAACUACAUUACACUCUUCAGUGUCAAUGAAGACCGGGUGCAACAGAUGGAGAGAGAGAAUAGUUUCAUCACACGCUGGAACGAGAAGAAGGACGCCACGUUCUCCCCAGCUGGGGACUUGAUCUUCGAAGUGUACCUGGAAAAGAGAAAGCCGGAGAACUGCUGUUUAAUCAAGGUCUCUCCCAGUAUGAGAUCCGCGGAGCUUGCAGAGACCACGCUGAGUAUGAGGAACGUCACCUUCGGCGCUGACGACUGCUGGACCACCUUUGAAGUCAUUGAGAAUGGAGAGUUAGAGCGGCCGUUGCACCACAGUGAGAAGAUUCUUGAGCAGGUGCUGGAGUGGAGUGCUCUGGACUGCCCUCAGUCUGCUUUCCUUGUCAUAAAGAAGUUCACAGGAGCCAGAAGAGUGGCUGAUGGGAAAGCAGAUCAAAGACAGUCCGCAAAAAGAGAGUCUCUGAAGUUCAGCGAUGGAUCCUCCAAACUGCUGUCGGGGCACAAAUUCCAGGACAAAUAUGUCGAACUACGUGCAGAGACGCUGCUGCUCUUCAGAGAUAGCAGAGGCACUAAAGCAGAGAAAGUGAUCCAACUCAGCUCUGUGAAAUGUUACCUUGGCCUCAAGAAAAAGCUCAAACCUCCAACCAGCUGGGGCUUCACAGUCUACACCGAUAAACAACAAUGGCAUUUCUGCUGCGAGACGAGGGAGGCUCAGGUCAGCUGGGUGACGGACAUCAUCAGGAUGAAGUUUGGUUCUGACCUCUGUCCUAAGACCGGUAACUCUAAAGAAGCAGCAGAUCACAAAUCCUCCAGAGGGGGCGCUGUGACUGACGGCCGGAAGAUGCCAACACACAACAAUACAAGCAAACAUCUGACAGACAAGAGGAUUUCUCUUGUUGAUGGCAGCCUGAGGCGGACCAAGGACGCCACUCUUCACCAAAAGACAAACACCAUAGCCAACUCCCUGAAGCUCGACAUGCUCAAGGCCCCUGAAAUCCCCCACAGGAGAACCUCUGCGGAUUCUGGCCAGCCUCGACGCCUCCCUUCCCCGUCCCCGUCCAGACAGUGGCAGCCCGCGGCUUUGCCCGUUCCUCCUCAGAGUGGCUGUAAGACCCUCAGCAGGAGACCCAUUCUGGGCGGGGAGAGCAUGAUGCCGCCUAAUCUGAUGGAUGAACUUAACUCGGUGCUGAGCAAGACUAGUCGCAGCGCCAAGAGCAAUGACUGACAGGAAGAGAAGUCAGGAGAAAGAGAGGUCAGUUUUGAAUGGUAAGACAAACACAACAGGGCUGAGUGUAGAAAAGACAUGGAGACUGACAGAGGAAGACCACACAAUGUAGAUGGAGCCAAAAUAAGUUGCUUUCAUGAGGGGGGAUCAUAGCCUGGAGACUGCUUUUGAACUCGGAUAUAUAAAGGGAUGCCGAUGCACAAGGGGACGUGGAAAACAGGUGCAGGAGGCAGUGGAGGUCAUGCAAACCUCAGCUGGACAUGGCGCUGACCCAAGCACUACAAAGCGUGAUUUAUAUGCCGCUCUUCAAAACCCAGAGAACGUUACAAAGACAUGUUCGGCUGUCAAACCACAGAAGUUUUCCACAAAUACUCCAAAGUGUUUGCUUCAUGCUUGAAAGUUUCCAGUUACUUUGAAAAAACUGUUUUGACAUCAUCUGAGUAUUAUUAGUAUUGUGAUUAUUUUAGUUCUUAUACAGUGAAGUUUAUCUCAAGGUAAACGAUAAAUUUUAUAACAAGCACUUUUGCUGCAAACGCUACGACAUGUAGUUGCACAUUAAACACCAUUUCUUGUAUUUUUAAAGCUCCCCUCCCACCUGUGUUACUUUCUGCUUAACAGUUGACGCUCUUUCUCAAACAUAAAAUAGGGGUGUGGUUAAUAGUCAGAUGUAGUCCGUUACCAUGGCAACCAGACUGCAGCUGCAGCAGUUUGUAUAAGCCAAAUAUGAGACAAGAAUUAGCACACCUCUACUCGGUCUCUUUCUCACGUGCUAUCUUCUUGACCGUCUCUUCCUCCUCCAGCUGUCGGUUAUUUUAGAGGCGAGGCGCUGUUUGGCCGCACUGCCACACGCAGGCCACAACGCACCAUAGGAAGGGGAGACAUGUUGCCGAGGUCUGCCAUUUGAAAUGCAGUUUGAAACGGCAGUGUUUUGGAGAUGCAACGCCCAUCAGCACCAGCCGCCUGCACCUUAGCCCCCAGGACUGACACCGCACCGGACAGCACUGUGAUUCAUUUUAUGUUUUUGUUUCUCUACCAGGACUUUUUGUUGUUGCUGCCAGGAGAUCUUUUUUGUGUCUAGGCUGAAAAAUGGUGCACUUUCCAGCAUCCUGACCUGUUGAAACCGGUACUGGUGGAUGUUGCAAACCACCAAAAUGUCCCAAAAUGCAUUUUAAGCAGCGACUUGGCAAUAUGUUGAGCCAUCCUGCAGUUCACUGUGGACAGGAGACGGUAAAGAAGACAGCUAGUGCAAGAGACAGUUGCUGUGUUGUGUAUUAUUACUGUCAUACGUUAUCAUCUCGUUCUAGCAACAACAACCCUCACUUUUUGAUCACAAUAUUAUUUGUCAGAAAUGUUACAGAAUCAGUGUGGUUAAUCUACUGUUGAAAAAUGACUCAGGAAAAUAAAAGAUGCUAAAAAUGCCAAAUACACUAGAGGAGGGCUCUAAGUCAUAGUGGCGGGGUCCGCCAUCACCACAUAGAAUUAGAAAACUAGUUUGUAUGCAAAGGAAUGGUGCAUGAAUAUCAAAAUCAAAAGAGAAGAGCAGGUUUCGGGCUUGCUAGCCAUUAACACCAGCUAAUAGACAUGAGAUGCAAUAUUAGCUGGUAGUGGUGGCCAAUCUCAUGAGUAUUAUUUAUUUCUAAUUCAUAUUUUAUAUGUUUUUAAACACUUAUAUUAAUUUUUUUUAAACUUUGAGCACGAAAGUAUUUGUUAGAAAAUGUGAGGGGAAGAGUGUGGUGAGCAACAUUGUCUAGAAAUGACUCAGAAUUAAUAAUAAAUAUCAUAAAAAUGCCAAUUACUGGAGGUGGGCUCUUAAUAAUAGUGGCAGGGUCCGCCAUCACCACACAGGAUUAUAAAACUUGUACCUUGUAUGCAAAGAACUGGUUUAGCAUGUCAAAUUCAAAUGAUAAGAGCAGGUUUUGGGUUUGCUAGCACACUUUACAUGAGAUGCUAUGUUAGCUAGUAGUGGUGGCCAAUCUCAUGAGUAUUAUUUAUUUAUAUAUUUUUUUUUCUUUCUCUUUUUUUAAUAUGUUUUAUACAGUUCUCCACAUUUUUGUUUUGGUACUGUAACCAUUAGCUGUAUAGCUAGCUUGCAUUGUCUCUGAAGCAUAUUACUCUGUGGUGCACCACUUUAAACUUUGCACUGGUUGCCACCAAACGUAAUUUUAAUGUACAGUUUAAAUAAAGUAAUAAAUAUUUGCAAGAUGCUUAAACAUGCUGCAUUAGUGGACAAUUUAAUGAUGAUUUAGUUUCACUUUCAUCAUCAGUGAUUUUGUACAAGAACAAAACAAUUUAUGCUAACGUUAGAUAAAUUUAGCUAACGUCUCUUCACGUUAGCUUGUUUUUGCAUGUUAACUGGUUAAAAAACACCCAGAAAUGCUAAAUAUAAUAAGUUAUGAUUUGCAGAAGACUCACAAAAGUUCCAUGAGACUUUAGAUUUCUGGUUCAUGUUCAGUUUUGAUUAAGAAUUUAAAGUAUAUGUAUUAAAAUAUUCUAUGGGUUACCAAAGGUGUCACCAGAUCCACAGAAAUAGAUGCUAUUUGCAGAAAAAAAAUGUGUAACAGGUGUGUAUUUUUGCCUCCCUACACCCAGAGUUUUAAUAAAAUAUAUUAGAUGAAAGACUCAUCUGAAGACUCCACUCUGCGGAAACAACCUUAAAAUAUCCACAAAUAAUAACACCAUCAAAUUUAGUAACGCCAUGCUCAAUCAGGAGCGGGCCUUGAGAGAUAAAUUAACCUGAAGAGAAACAUGAUUUUAGCUUUCCUGUUAAAAUUCAUGUGUAAACUCAACAUUCCAGAACAGACUCUGAUCUAAAAAUUUCUAAUUUUCCAUUUGAUGGUCUCUUUUAAGCGCACAUGCUUUUAUAUGCGGGAAUUAAUACUGACUUUCACUUUUUAAAAAAGUAAAUUGAGGAGGAAAUGCUGCGCUCAGGUCUCUCGCUGGAGCAGUGCAAAUAAAACAUUUCUAUCUGUUGCCAAACGCUCUGGCUAAAAAUUACCUUUCCUGUGUUUCCACAGAAAUGCAGAUGGUGGGAACAAUGGAGACGGUCGAGGUGUCAGUGUGCAAGCGCGAAACAGAAAGAGGGAGAUACACACAGGAAAUUGUUUUUCAGAGAAAUUGCCAGUUUUAUGCUUCUUUUUUUUGCAGCACUGAAACUACAAAUACACCCAGAUCCAUCAGAUAAUUACAGUUAGGUAAAAAUAAAAUACAGCAUGAAGUAAAGCCAUUAAAAUAAUAUGAGAAUGAAAGCAUCAGUGUUAAAUGAUAAUUACCGUCAUUGCUUUCGGGUUUAUUAUGCAUCAUGAUUGGAUUUUUUUUUCUGUGCAGUUGCUGAGAGCUGUUUUAUCUGUGUUUUAUUUCUAUUUUAAUAUUGCAUCUGCUCUCUCUAGGUUUAUAUAAUGCAGUCACUUGGGCUCAGGUAAAUCUGCUCAGUAUCUGUAGGGAUUUUUUACUCCUUUGGAUAGAUUUCCCUCUGUUUUAGUCCAUGAACACUUCUGCAGGAGUCCCGGAAGCACGUCGAGCAAUUCAACGCAAGAAAAGACUUCAUCUUUGACUUAUUUAUGUGUAAUUAUAGCAUUAUUUUAUUCAUAGAUUUCAUCAAAUUCUGCAUUUGCCCGAGUGAAGUGUAAGAAUAAACUCCCCGUUUCAAGUCACACGCUGUUGUUGAAUAAUGUAUAGCCGCCGGAAAAUGCACACGUAGGCAAUUGUCACACAGGUUCCUCCAUGAAAAAUUCAUAUUAACAUUUUAUUUUCAUUACAGCCCCGUACGCCAGCUGCUUGUCCUUUGUUUCAUGUCCUUCUAUUCUAAUCAUAGAGCUGCCACAUUUGUGCAUUCGUGGUCAGAGCAUUUCUUAUUAGGGCUUUGUUUGCACUGUGCAAAUAUGUGUUUUCUUCCCUCGCACAUAUUAGUUAUAUUACUAUGUUCAUUGCAGUGGUGGAAAUGAUUACGUCGGUGCUUAAUUGGCCUGCUGAGAGUCAUUUUCAUCCCAUGCAGCCUUGCUUCCACUGGCAGCAGACGUACUGUACAAUACAACCUCCUGGAUCUGAUGUGCAAUAAUACUGUAUACUAUA